AUGUCUUCAGUGGAUUCCAGAAAGGAUUUCCUAGAGUUUCCUGGAGACACUCAGAUCGCAGGCGAGAAGCUUCCCUGGGAAGACUCAGGAUGGGUCCGUCUUUUUCUAAAACUGACCAUACUUCGAAGUAAAACACUUAGCAUGUCCAAAAUGGAUCACUUAUCAAAUAAAAAUUCAUUGUUAUACAAAUUGUCUUCUCGAACGAGUGUGACUCGUCGAGACUUGCUGGGAGCUGAAAAUGCUCCUUGUUAUACUUUAUUACCUCAGAGGAGGUUGGCCCGGGCGGCGAAAGGAAUCGCCCGGAGGAAAAUCCAAGAGUACUUUGGGAUGACGACCAACGGACCGGACCAAGGUAAAACUGAAGCUGCUGACCGGAAGAGGAGAACAUGCCAUCAUUUCCCUGAAGUGGAGACAAACACCCAGGGAAAGAAGAGGACGAUGGAGGAGGCUGAAGCGUCAGAACCGACCAUGAAAAGACGCAAAGUAGCUGAAGAUGGCAAUGCAGCAAUUAGGCAAGUUCUCCGGCCAGCAAAGAGAGCCACCAAACAGAGGCGGAACGUCAGGACCAGAGCAGUCAGUCACUUCCCUCAAGUAUUGAGAAACACUGAGGGAAUGAAGAGAAACCUGGAGGGCGCCGAAGAGACAGUCCCGAACACCGAGCCACGAAGAACGGACCAAGACGGAAAGGCAUGUCCCCGAAGGCCUCUGCUAAAAGUGAAUCGAGGAGGCAGAAAGGCAGAGGUUGCACGGAACAAGAACUUGUACAAUUCCCUGAUAGAACUGCAAGACAGCAAUGGAAAGAAGAGGAAGAGGGAAGAGGAGGGCAAGGUGGAAGAGCUGAAAAUCAUGCAAUGGAACACCGAAGAAGCAGGCAAGACGGAGCCGCUGAACAAAAGACGGAAGGUGGAUCCAGACUUGCUCGGAGCCAAAAAGGCUCGUCCUCUCGGUCCGCCGAAGGCACAGCAGCGGCUCCCCCGACAGGCAAAGGCCAAUGCGGCGGCGAGAAUCCAUGAUCUCUAUGGUGCCAAGGCUAAGAGGGCCGAGCAUGGACCAAAGGCGGCAGUGGCGGCGGCACCUGAGGGCAAGACAGAAGAGGCGGCAAUGAAAGGGAAAAUGAAUGAGGAAGGAAAGACAAGAGAAGAGAAGAGAGUGAAGAAAGGGAAUCUUCCUCCUCCCAAUGAACCCCAAAAGGAGCUGCCUGGAAGAAAGAAAGUGAAGGACCAGCUGCCGCCAAAGAAGAUGCCUGAUAGAAAGAAAGUGAAGGACGAGCCUCCUCUACCAGAGAAGCAACCUGAAAAGGGGAAACUGAAGGACGAACCACCACCAGAGAAGAAGCCUAGAGGAAGGAAAGCGAAGGACACCAACGCAACCAAGGACCAAAAGAAGGGGAAUGGGAAGCCCACAGUAGAAGAGUUGAGCGAGGCUGAGGUGAAGAGGCUUCUGCUCAAUGGACAAGAGUUGGGUUCAGGAUGCUACGGAACUGCUUACAAAGUCCUUCACAAGGGAAAGGAAGCAGUGCUGAAAGUGGCCAACGAAGACCUGAGGCAAGUGAGAGCAGCCUUCAAAAAGGAGGCUAAAACGCUCAAGGACCUCCAAGGCGCAGGAGGAGCUCCUAUUCUACUUGGGACCUGUAGUAAGCCAACCGCCAUCCUCAUGGACUAUUGUUGUGGCAAAGAGUUCUAUUCGUUCAUAUACGACUCGAAGACCUUGCCUUCCCGCGCCUUGCAAGCACUUCCGGACAUUGCAAGGAGGCUCCACGAAAUCCACCUGGCAGGCUAUAUCCAUGUGGAUUUGAAGACGGAUAAUGUGAUGGUCAACAAACAGGUGCAGCCCCGAAUAAUCGACUUCGGAUUAGCAGUGAAAAGGGGCACGAAGAUAAAGGUAUGGCCCAAUAUGUCCUGA